AUGCAUAUCAAGAAAAUAGUUAUACAAGGUUUCAAAACAUACAAAGACCAGACAGUAAUAGAUGGUCUAAGUUCCAAUUGUAAUAUAGUGGUUGGAAGAAAUGGUUCAGGAAAGUCAAAUUUUUUUGCAGCUAUAAGAUUUGUAUUAAGUGAUGCAUAUACUCAUAUGACUAGAGAAGAAAGACAAGGCUUAUUGCAUGAUGGUUCUGGAACAAUCAUGUCUGCAUAUGUUGAAGUUAUUUUUGAUAAUAGUGAUGGAAGAUUUCCUAUUUCAAACACAGAAGUAUCAAUUAGAAGAACUAUUGGGUUAAAGAAAGACGACUAUUCAUUAGAUGGUAAAUCAGCCACUAGAUCUGAUAUUAUGAAUUUAUUAGAAAGUGCUGGAUUUUCAAGAUCAAAUCCAUAUUAUAUUGUACCUCAAGGAAGAAUCACAAGUUUGACGAAUUCAAAAGAUCAUGAAAGAUUAACUUUAUUAAAAGAAGUUAGUGGUGCAACGGUAUUUGAAAUUAAACUCAAAGAAUCAAUGAAGGAAAUGAAUCAAUCGAAUUUGAAAAGACAAAGAAUUGAUGAAGCAUUGAAAAACAUUGAGGAAAAAAUAAGUGAUUUACAAAUUGAAAGUGAUGAUUUAAAAGAAUUCCAGUCGUUGGAAAAACAAAAGAAAGUAUUAGAAUAUAAUAUAUUUGAUAGGGAGUUUAAUGAUUUGAAUGAAACAUUGGAAGAAUUAGAGCAAAACCAUCAACAAAUUUUACUAGAAUCAUCGAAAGAUUUAAAGGAGAUGGAAGAAAGAGAGAAAUUAUGUACGGAUUUGCAGAAUACAAUGAAUGAGUUGAACCUUAAUUUGAAUAUUUUAAAAACUGAAAAAGAACAAUCUGAUUUAGAUUGCAAUCAAAUCUUGAAAUCAAUUGCUGAAAAGGAAGUACAAUUAAAUGAAUUACGAGAAAAAUUAGAUUCUUCGAAUGAAAGAUUUAAUGAAAUAGAUGCUCAAAUUAAAGAAAAUUUAACCCAAAUUUCUGAAAUUUCUCAAGAAAUCAAAAAGACAAAACCUCAACUUGAAAAAUUACAAUCACAAGAAUCAAAUUUGAAAAAAAACCUUCAUGAUAUUCAAACAAAACAGAGAGCUCUUUAUUCCAAACAAUCAAGAUUUCAGAAGCAUGAAUCGAAAGAUAAAAGAGACGCUUGGUUGACUGAAGAAAUAUCAAAUCUUAAAUCUCAAUCAAAUGAAAAAGAUCAGGAUAUACAACAAUAUGAAAGCGAGUUAAGAACAAAACAAAUGUCUCAAGAUUCAAUAAAACAAAGACUUGAAGAAAUAAAUGGUACUUUAAAUAGUGAUGAAUCUAUAAUUCAAAUUGAAGAUUUAAAGACCAGUAUUCAAGAUUUGAAAACCAGAAUCAACCAAUGUGUAGAUCAAAGAAAAAGCAUGUGGAGGGAAGAAGUCAAAUUGAAAAGCAUGUUUGAUUCUUUAACUAAUGAUUUAAAUAAUGCAUCAAGUUUAGUGUCAAAAACGAUGGAUCGUUCACAAGCACAAGGUAUUGCUGCUGUUGAUUCAAUAACCAAAAGAUUAAAACUAGAAGAUCAUGUAUUUGGUACUGUUGCAGAAUUAUUUAGCGUCAAUGAAAAAUAUAAAGUUGCUGCAGAAGUUAUAGCUGGUAAUUCUUUAUUUCAUGUUGUUGUUGAUACUGACGAAACUGCUGCUAUUUUAAUAGAAGAAUUGACUAGAACGAAACAAGGUAGAGUUACAUUUAUUCCUUUGAAUAGAAUCGAUGUUGUUGUUGUUGAAUAUCCAGAUCCACAUGAAAAUCAGUGUCUACCUUUAAUCUCAAAACUAAAAUUUAAUCAGGAACAAGUUGGAAAAGCUAUGAAUCAAAUUUUUGGUAAAGCUUUAGUUGUCAAAGAACUACAAAAGGGUUCCGAAUUAUCAAGAAAGUUUAAAUUGACAUGCACAACAUUAGAUGGUGAUAGAGUUGAUGUAAAAGGUGUUCUUUCCGGUGGUUACAGGGAUUUUAAAACUUCAAGACUUGAUGCAAUUAAAUUACAAGCUAAAAAGAAAAGUGAAAUAGUAAAGACUGAAUCAGAAAUUAAUCAAUUAACCCAAGAUUUAAAUGAUGUUAAUCAAAAAAUGACAAAAUUGAAUAAUGAUUUACAAUUAAGUUUGAGAGAUUUGGAAAAUUUAACUCGAGCAAAAGAACCAUUGGAAGUUGAAUUAUCCCAAUUGACUGCUAAAAAGUUUAAUGCAGAUCAGGAAAUACAUGCAUUAACAUCAAAUAUUGAUGCAUUAAAAUCGUCAAAGAACACUUUACUAUCAAAUAUAAAACAAUAUGAAAAUGAAUUGAACUCAGAAUUUACUCAAGCUCUUGAUGAGGAAGAAUUGAAAUCUUUAGAAGAAUAUAAUAAAGAAAUUACCAAAUUAGAAUUGCAAUUAGAUGAAGUUGUAACGUCGGCGCUAGAUUGGGACACUAAAGUUGGUGAUUUAGAAACUGAAUUAAUCAAUAUUAAAAAUGCUAAUGCAGCUUUAAAUUUAGAAAAGAAAUCUUUGGGAGAACGUGUUUCGUUAAACUCAGAUAUUAAUAGUAUAUCACAAGAUUUGGAGACUUUACAGAUUCAACUAGAUUCAAACCAAACAAGAAAUGACGAAAUAACUAGAAAUUAUGCAAAAAUUACUGAAGAACUUCGUGAAAAUGAAAAAGUUUUAACAAAUUCAAAUGAACAACAAUUGAAAACAAUGGAAAAUUUUGAAAAAUUUAAUGAAAAAUCAAUCAAAUUAUUAAAUUUAAAACUGAUAAAAGAACAAACUAGGGAAGAAAUUAAUUCAAAAAUUAAAAAUUUAGGUAUGUUACCGGAGGAAGCAUUUCAAUCAGAUAAAUUUGAAAAUUUUUCUGCUAAUCAAUUGAUCACCAAAUUAAACAAAAUCUUAAAAGAAUUGACCAAGUAUCAACAUAUAAAUAAAAGAGCAAUGGAACAAUAUAACCAAUUCAAUAAACAAAAAGAUGAUUUAAUUGCUAGAAAAGAUGAAUUAGAUGAAUCCAAGAGAUCAAUUGAAAAUUUGAUCAAAGUUUUACAAAAACAGAAAAAAGAUUCAAUUAUGAACAGCUUUAAGCAAAUUUCCAAAGCUUUCCAUGAAAUAUUUGAAAAGUUAGUACCUCAAGGAACUGGUCAUUUAAUUUUACAAAAGAAGAAUAUUAAUGAAAGUCAACAUCUCACACAAACACAAAUAACUGAAGAGGAAAAUGGAGAAAACUCAAACCAUUCAAGUUCAGAUGAUUUAGAUUCAGAUAAUGAAGGGCAAGAAGAUGAUACAAUAGAUAACUACACUGGUGUAUCAAUAUCAGUAUCAUUCAAUUCGAAGGAAGAUGAACAACAAAAAAUUGAACAAUUAUCAGGAGGUCAAAAAUCAUUAUGUGCAAUUGCCCUUAUUUUUGCAAUACAACAAUGUGAUCCAGCACCAUUUUAUUUAUUUGAUGAAAUUGAUAGUAAUUUAGAUACUCAAUAUAGAACUUCAGUUGCGUCAUUAAUUAAUUCAUUGGGUGGAGGUGACCAUGAAGAUGAUAAUUCUACCGCUGCUACAGUUAAUAGUAAUAAUGCUCAAUUUAUAUGUACUACUUUCAGACCAGAGCUCAUAAGUUUAGCUGGAGAUAAAUUUUAUGGGGUUGUGUUUGCUAAUAAAGUUAGUAAUAUUAUUGAAAUAAAUAAAGCUGAAGCAAUGAACUUUGUUGAAGGUCAAGUAAGAACUUGA